UACAUAGCUGCAGUUUUGGUGCCUUGUACAUGUAUUGCCGGGGACCGAUCUGUUGACAAUGCACGUUAGGAUAAAUUCGUUACUGCAGGCUUUAUUUCUGGUUUUUCCUUUUGCUACAAGUUUGCAAUGGAAUUAUGGUUCAAAUUUUCAAAUGGCAAAUAAGUUCUUGUUCGGCUUUCCAAGCCAUUUCGGCCCGGCUCCGUCCCGAGGAAAUUUUGCCCCCAGAGCGAUGACAUUUCGCCCUGAGCUGCCGGGUUUUCAAACCAUAUUCCUUCCAGAUUUCGGAAAAGACAGCUGUUUUGCAAGUGUCAAAAAUGCUUUUGAUCGGAAUUUUCCUUACCUGCCUCCAGGUCUGAGGAAACUUGACAUGGUCAGCGCUCAGCCCUCCCCCCGGGGCAUAUAUCAGCUCCCUCCUUCCGUAAGCCCAGUAUACGGUUAUGAAGAAGGUCCGAUCUUUGUACCAUACAAGCUCUCUAACAGUCGGUUCCCCAUGUAUGUCGGCAUCGAUAGACAGACCUAUAAACCGGUUUAUCCCCAGCUGAAGGUUUUGAUUCCGUAUUCAAAGCUCGUGACAACUCAGAAGCCGAACGGUAGAAAUUACGUCAUCUACUUACCCUUUCAGCCCGAUGGAUUCCGAAACGAAUCCUGCGGAAUACCAAUCUAUAUUCCGAUCCCAGGUAAAGAUGGCGAGUUUUAUAACUACCAGGAACAUUCACUGGAUGUAGCGCCAUAUCCCUCCAGCUAUAAACUGGGCGGCCAGUUUCCAAAUCGGCCUAGUCUUGGAUUUCCUGGAGCGGCGUCCGCUGUUGGAUUUUCAAUGGGAGAUGCUGUAGGAGCCAUCACAGACGGAUAUGGGGAAUCUUUACCAAUUCCUUCGGCAGGUCAUGCAUUUCAUGGAUAACGAUUCUG